UUGCANAUGAAGAUUUUGAGAAAUUUGAACGCGAGUAUUUUCAAAAUUGAUGGAUGAUGCUAUAAUAGGAAAAAUUAUUAUAACUAUAGUCAUAGUCAUAUUUGCUUAUUUUACAUGUUGGCUGUUAAUACCACCAUUUGCUGAUUCAGAAUCAUUUAUUAAUCAAUUAUUUCCAUCUAUUUAUAAUGCACUAGUUAUGCCUGUCUUGUUUGGUGUAAUAUUUAUAAUUAGUUUAACAAUCUACACGUGUGUUGCAAUAAGCUAUUAAAUUAUGUCGAAAAAAUUAAUUGUUGUAAUUGCAGGAAUUACUUGCGGGGGCAAAACUUCUAUUGCAAACAAUCUUCCAAAAUUUUUUAGUAAUAUUUCAAUAUUACAUCAAGAUGACUUUUAUUACACUGACUUAAAUAAAUUAGAAAGUAUUCCAGAAUUAAAUUAUUAUGCAUUUGAUAAAAUAAAUGCGUAUGAUAUGGAUAAAAUGAUGAUUUCAAUUAAUUCUCAAAUCUCUGAUAUUUUGGUAUUAGAAGGAAUUCUUUUACUUGAUGAUAUAAGGAUUGUAAAAUUAGUUGAUUUAAAAUUUUUCAUUGUCAUGGAUAAAAAUAAUAGUUGGAACAGACGUAAAGCAAGAACAUAUUUACCCCCUGAACCAACUGACUAUUUUAACAAUUAUGUCUGGCCCGAGUAUGAAAAACAUUUAGCAAAAAUAGAAAUUGAAAACCAAGAUGUAAUAUUUUUAAAUGGUUCUAAUAGCAUUGACUUUAAUACAACAGUUGUUGUUAAUCAUAUUAAACAAUUUUUAUUAAAUUUAAAAUAAUUUCAAUUUUGUAUUUCUUCAUUAAUGUUAUUAUCUUAUUGAGUAUUAAGUUUAAUUUAAUCUUGUUAAUUAAAAAUUUGUUAAAAUGUUAAUUAUGCAAUGUAAAUUUACAUUAAAGAAUACAUUUAUAUAUAAUUAUUUUCAAAAUUGUAAUUGUUAAAAAAAAAAUUGUAUUUUGGGUUUCAAAAUAUUUCCAAAAAUAUAAUAAUUGAUUAUUAAAUAGUGUUUAAUUUGAUUGUUUUAUUUUAUUUUUUACAAACUAAUUAGUUUUACUCCACAAUUCUAAAAAAAGGA